AUUUUUCUAAAAAAAACAAUGAAAUCUAAAAUUGUAAAAGUCUAAAACGUAAAAGACUAUAAGAAAUAUGAGGUUUGUUCCCUUGAAAAUUUACUAAAGCAGUUAGUGGAUAUAGGUAUGGACACACAAUGCACGAUUGAUUUGUCUAGUGUUGACGCUGCUCGUAUCAACAACUACUACAAGGAGAACCUUUUCAACAAUGAAACAUAUGAAAACUGAUUUCGCAACAAAAUGAACGAGGAAUUUCUAGCCGAUUGCUAAAGUAUUUUAUUUAAAAUAAUGUAUACUAUUGGUAUAGAUGUGGACUCCAUAAUUGAUGCAUUCGCUAAAUUAAAAUACCGUCGUGUACAAUUUAUAUUGUAAAAAAACUAUAAUGUUAUUUUACGGUUCUAAUUUUUUAAUGAAAGGCGGCCCAGUGCUCUUCUGUGUUCUGGAUCCGCCGCUGGCGAUCAACCAUUUUGGCCUCUCACUAACCUGGAAAUUUAAGCGCUGCGACUUUUACGCUGACCUGGGUGUCGUCAGAUCCUAGACUCUUUGUCAGUUUGUAUAGAGUUUAUGGCAGUUCCUAGAGCUACCAAUAGUGUUGCCCAUAGUUCCUAUUGUCUCUCGUAGAGAGAGAGUCUUUUGAUUUUAUUGGGUGGUUUCAGUAGGCUGUCGCUUGUAGGGGGUUCCUGGAUAGUUUUAUUUGUAUAACUCUUGUCUUCACUUGAUAUCACACGGAAAUAAAAAAUAAGAAAAAGCUAUGGACUUUUGUGGGAUUAAGCAAUUUGCGUGCCUCCGCUCUAACUCUACACUUUAGUUUAUGGUGACAUCAUGUUAUGAUUAUCGAAAAUUUUUAAAUCCACAUUCUUUAAUGUGUAUGUCUACAAUGGAAAAUAUGAAAAUUUCGUAACAAAGUGGGUUCAAGUUCAUUCAGCCACAUGUCGUUCUCUUGCCCAUCAAUUAUCUUUCCAGGUCGUCGAACUAUCCUAUGUCGUUCAACCCUCUGAGACUCCUCAACUCAUUCCCCUACCUUCAAAUUGAAUCUAUCAAUAUUUUUUAAUCCGCCAUAUUGAUGGUAAAUUUAAAAAAAACCGUCCAGUUCCAUCCAAAAAACCGUCAAUUAAGUCCAGUCAGCUUGACACGUCAUCCCAAAAAAUAAAAAAAAAUUAAACAAAUCAGACCCACUUAACCAGCCGACCCAACCCAACCCGUCCGACCAACCCACCCACCCGUCAAAAUGGGACCAGCGCCAGCGAAGAACAAAAAUUCCAGCAACCACCGCCGCCCCCGGCCCCUCUCUGCCAUCCCUGUAUCUCUAGCAACCACCGUCGCUGCACCUACCUGGUUCUAGCGAUUGAAGGGCGGGUCUGUCCGUGGGAGCAGACGAAUCGACCGUUGGGAUGACGACGAAGAGCAGAUCUGGUGACCACCUAUUUGAGACAGGGGUUCAGCAGCUUGGAUCUGGGACGAGCUGGGCCAGCGAUAGUGGGCGUACUGCCGAUUGCCGCCGUGAGAGGAUAGCGACGAGGAGAAACGAAAACUGGCGGGAGGGAGAGGAGGAUCCGGGUGGGCGGCUUCGGCGAGGAGGGAUGAUGAGAUCGUCCGCCGGCGAGGAAGAAUCAUCUGGCAUCCGCUCGGCUGUGAUGUCUACUUCAAAACCCUCUCUGUCGUCGAUGGUAAAUGGACCGGGGAGAGUUGUUAAACUUUUUGGGUUUAUUUUGUAAUGAGAAGUUUGUAUUGGUUGAGGAAUUAUUGGUUUAUGGAAUUUGGAGGCGGCAGAGAGUUGUAGCAGGGGAAUGAAAUUGAUAAAUAAACAAGGGAAAAGCUUUUAAUUGAUUGUUUCUUUCUUGCACCAAAUCCACGUUACAAACACACAUGUAGAAAGCAUAAGGAAAUCGAGAGAUCUCAAGCGACGAGCAGGGGAGAGGAUUGCCCUUUCUCCCGCCGAAAGAGAGCGACUGCUGGGAUUUUUGUUCUUCGCUGGCGCUCGUCAGUCGUCCCCAUUUUGACGGAUGAGUGGGUUGGGCGGGCGGGUUGGGUUGGGUCUGCUGGUUAAGUGGGUCUAAUUCAUCUAUUUUUUUAUUAUUUUUUGGGAUGACGUGUUAAGCUGACUGGACUUAAUUGACGAUUUUUUGGAUGGAAUUGGACGGAUUGGCCGUUUUGAUAUUCGUCCAAAGGUAUGUGACUGAAACGUGCAAAAAUAAAGUUUAGUGACCGUU